AUAAUUUAAAGAUACCUAUUUUAAGGCAGGCUGUAGUUCUAUGAAUGAUCUAAAAUUUUCUCUACGACUGCUGUGCAGGUUAAAGUUCAGUGCUUAACACCAAGGAAAAAAGUCAGGGAUUAUCAAUGGAAAGACACAAAUUCACAAUUGGAGGACGUUGAAAAUGAUGAUAUUGAAAACAAUUCAGAUGUCUCUGAUGGUACAUUCACCAGAAGUGGUGGAUCUUCAUCUAGCAAUCAUUUAGAUGGAUCCUAGUUUCUCAGCAUCAGGUUCACGCCAUAGCUUGGACUCCAUGGAUGGCUCCUUUGGCAAGGACAAUUAUUCUCCUCAAGGCAGUUUUCUGAUUGGUCGACAAGAUUCAACUGGGUCUCAAACUGGUUCCUCUUAUGGCUCAUAUUCGUUCCAUGAUUCUGCCAGAGCAAAUUACUCAUCCUUGAACUCCAAGGUAGCAAGCACAGUAAGCCGUACUCAGAAUCAUAGAGAUGACAGUAAUCGAGCUUCACGCACUGUUCCUGCAUCACCAUUACGAAAUUCUGGUUCAUUUAAGGACCUGGAAACUGCAGAAGCUACAAUUGAGGAGCUUCGAGCAGAGGCCAAGAUGUGGGAGCAAAAUGCUCGAAAAUUAGUGAUUGAUAUGGAGAAACUACAGAAGGACUUAUAUGACCAAUCAAAAUGCCAGGAAAGUCUUGAAAUGGAGCUUUCAGCAUCACGGACACAAUGCAAUGGCUUGAAACAGGAAAUGGAAAAUCUGAAGAUCUUAUAUGAGGAAUCACUGGCAAAAGAAACUGUAACUGAGAGUAUGAAGUUUCAGGCCAAAGAUAUAGACAGCAUUAGAAAGGAGUUUGAAGAAGAGAUGAAGUUCCAAAAAGAAGAAAAUGCUAAUUUGGCUUUACAGUUAAAGAAAACACAAGAAUCCAACAUCGAGCUUGUCUCUAUUCUUCAAGAACUGGAAGAAACCAUUCAAAAACAGAAGAUGGAGAUUGAUAGUCUCUCAAAACUUAAUUCAGAAUUUCAAGUAGGAGCAUCUGGCCUUGAAUGUGAUGAUGCAAGGCAAAAAAAUUCAAGCAAGCAAGACUUAACGAAGGUAAGAAAGUCCUCUUGUGAUUCAGAUCCAGAAGAUAGUAUGUUUGAAAACUCAACAAAAGAUUUGCAUAUGGAGCUUGAACUAGAGAAAAACAGUGAAUUAAAUUUGCAGCAUCAGCAGCUACAGGAAUUGCAAAAGAAUUUGGAGGGCACCAUAUGGUAUCUGGAGAGAACUCUGGAUGAUAAAAACAAAGAGACAGAGGUUCUUCUCAAAAAAAAUAAAGAGUUAGAGCAAGGUCUUACAUCUCAAGUUUUAGUAAAGUGUGAGACCCAAUGGAGGGAUCAGUUAGCUGAAAAGGAGGAGAAAAUUGCCAUUUUGGAAGCAAAGUUGUUCACAGCUCAUGAUUCUCAAAGUUUAAUGGAAAAGGGUUUUGAAAAUGAGGGUUAUCAUAAUCUAAUUACAGAAAAUGAAUCUCUGAAGGAAAAGGUGCAGGAACUUGAAAGAGAUUGUAAUGAGCUUACAGAUGAAAAUCUAGAACUUCUAUUUAAGCUCAAGGAAUCAAAAAAGGAUGUUCUGACAGGUAGUGUCUGUCAUAAGUCUUCAUCACAAGAAGAUCUUGACAAUGUUUGCAAAUCAGGAUUUGAAUUAAGCAAACUAAAAUCUCAGUUAGAUGAAACUGAAAGACAGCAGACUAAGAAGAUCACUGUUAAAGGUUUUUCUGCCGACUAUUUACAGGUACAAGAUGUAGACCUUAAAAAUAAAUGCGCUGACCUUGAGAUCCAGCUAGGGGCUUUGAAAGAUAAAGCUAGUUAUCUUGAUUGUGAACUCUGUAAGUGGCGUGCAAGAGCAGAAGAACAAGAAAAUCAGAUUUGUGAACUGCAACAAAAGUUAGAGUGUUACCAGGCAAAGGAGACUGAGUUGAAGGUCCUUCCUUCAGAUGUCUCUCCUGAUUCUGUUGAAAAUUCUAAAUUGCUUUCCGAGUUACAUGAGCAGAUUCAACUUACUUUAUCUAAUGCAAAAAAGUGGUGCUUUGCCCUUAGCUCGCCAACAAAAUCUGAAUGUUCUUUUAGAUCUGAUGAUUCAGAGAUUUCAAUUACAACAGAUGCACUCACUCAAAAAGAGCAAAUAGAAAUUAUCUUAAAAAAUUUUAGCCAGCUGAAAGAAUUGUUGAAAGAGAAAACUUGUGGAAUUAAUAAUGGGAAGGAAGUUCAGACAACAGUUGUCAAUUCUGUUGAAAUCCUGAAUGAAUUGGAGGUUCAUACUUCUGAUCAGGGACAGGAGAAUCUUAACGAAAUACCUGACGAUGAGGAGACAAAUCCAGAUAAGGAAUUGACAGGAAAGAUUUCUGAAAUAAACAAGCUUAAAUCUGACAAUGUACUGAAGGAAGAAGAGGUUGAGGCUUUAACGCGUUGCCAACAAGAAUAUGAAUCUCAGAUUUCUAAUCUUCAGAAGGAGAAAACUGUUCUUGAAGCAUCUAUUCAAGAAGUCCAAGGAAGGCUUAAGCUAUCUGAGAGCAACUUCGCUGCUCACCAAAUGGAAUCUGAAACAAAGAUACAAGAGUUAACUGGUGAGCUUGUGGCUUCGAAACACAACCAAGAAGUUCUGAUGGCUGACCAUGAAAAGCUUUUGAAUUUGCUUGAGGAUGUCAAAUCCAAUGAAGAGAAACUUAAAACAACUGUUCGAGGGCUUGAUUUAAAAGCAAAAGCUUCUGAAUAUGAGCGGCUACAGCUAGUAGAAGAAAUUUCAAGCUUGAAUGUUCAAUUGCAGAAGACAGCACUGCUGCAGGAUGAAAUUUUGUCUCUUAAGAGAAUGCUAAAUGAGGUCAAGCUUGAGAACGAAAGGCUCAAAGCUUCACUUCAGAUAUUAUCCAGAGAUCAUGAAGAAAUUCAGGCUGAAAGAACCUUGUUUGUCCAGAAGAUUUCUGUUAAUCAGAAUGCAAUUUCCGAACUAGAAAACUGCAAAAAUAGAAAAGUUGCCCUUGAGGAAAAGCUUUUGCGGCUGGAGGGUGAUUUAGCUGCAAGAGAAGCACAAGGUUCUCAAGAAGCAGCUCUGAAAAAUGAGCUUGCUCGGAUUAGGAGAGAAAAUAGCCGGUUCCAGAGAAAGAUGAAAUGUCUUCAGGAGGAGAAAGAAGAGUGCAUGAGAAGGGUUCAAGCUCUUGAAGAGGAGCUGAAGCUGAAGAAAACAGUAGAUCAGGAUCUCUCCAAGUCGUGCAAUUCAGUUCUUUCUCCUUAUCCUGAGUGCGAUUGUGCAAGGACUUCAACCAAUGGCGACUGCAAUCUCUCAAUGGUGGAUGAUAAUGAGCAAAGCCUUGGCGCCAGAAAUUCUCAGAGUACAGAGAUUGAUCCUUUGUUAAAGAUUCAGUCUCUGGAGAACGAAUUAGCAGAGGCUUUGGAGGCAAAUGACAUGUACAAGUCCCAGCUUAAGAGCAUGUUGUCCCAGGUACCAAGUUCUCAUUUAGAAAUUCCCAUGACAUCAACCAUUGAAGACGGAAUGGCAAACAAAGAGGGAUAUGAGCACAAGGUUUCAUAUCUGGAAGCGGAGUUGAGAGAUUUACGCGAGCGUUACCUUCAAAUGAGCAUCAAAUAUGCUGAGGUAGAAGAUCAAAAAGAACAACUCGUGUUAAAGCUUAAAGCCGGAAAGAACAGGAGGAGCUGGUUUUCAUGAGCCUAAAAUGGUUUUCUGCCUCAUGGUGAUCCAAUUCUUUUUCUCCUUCAGGAGUUCAACUAAUUAACCUUUUUCAAAUUCUUUUAUUUUCUUACCCAUUUUUUGGAGGUCUACAUUUUUCUUAAAUUAUAAAGUAUAUAUAUUUGAUUAAUAUGACUGCUUCCCGUCCGAGGUUGGCAGCAGCGGCAUAGUGUAAUGCAAGAAGCAGUUGUAGCACCUUCUUGGCAUAGAAAUUUUUUCUGUAACUACUACUAUUAUAUACGGAAAAUUGUGGCCCAUAAUAUUAUUCAUGGGGCUGCUUUAUUUGA